CCUGAGCACUUUGGUAUGAAAAUACAGCAUGGCCAUGUUGCAACUGCUUCUGCUCACCUUGCUCUGUGGGGGCUCAGCCCUGGCCAACAAGAUCUCCAUUCACCAUCAAUGUGCCCAAGGUCCUACAUACUGGUGUAAGAACCUAAUGACUGCCAUCCAGUGUGGCACCUUACAACACUGUAUGCAGACAGGUUGGAACUGGACCACCCAUGAGGAUUCAUGUGCAGACUGUAAACAGAUUGUCACCAUCCUCACUCGCAUGGCCAAGGAGUCGUUCUUUAAGGAGGCCAUCCAAAAGUACCUGGAUCAUGAAUGUACCACCUUACCGCUGCAGACGCUGAUCCCACGUUGCCAGACACUGGUGGAUACAUACUUGGACCUCUUCAUCUCCAGCCUGGAAGGGCGGAUCAAGCCCUUGUCUGUCUGCACAAAGUUGGGCCUGUGCCACUCUGAGCCGAUGGAGAGCGAGAACACCUUCAACACACUGGUUCCAGUGGUGGAGGAGUUCUUUCAGUUGCUGCAAGGCAAAGCUCUCAUCACACCCAACAGCCAGACCCAGAAACCAGGGGAGGAGCUGCCCAUUCCCCUGCCUCUCUGUUGGAUGUGUCGAUCUUUUGUAGGCAGGAUAGAAGGUCUCAUCCCAAAGGAAGCGAUUGCCAAGUCCCUGUCGCAACUCUGCCGGAUUCUGCCAGCAACCAUUGCUGGAAUGUGCCAGUGUUUGAUGGAGAAAUAUACCGUAAUCAUUGUUGAUCUGAUCCUGGGCAAGCUGGGGCCACGCCUCAUUUGUGGGAUGAUGCUCAUGUGUGCUACAGAAGAAAACUGUGGUCCAGAGUUCGAUCCAGGGCUUCUCCCUUGCCAGGCUUGCCUCGCUAUCAGCAGCCAGGUGAAGUUGUCCCUCAAGGCAAACAACACCCGAGCCGAAAUAGAGGCAGCCUUGCUUAGCACCUGCAGCAGCACCUAUCCAGACUGGCAGGAAGAGUGCAAAAGCUUUGUCCACCAGUACCAGUUAAAGUUGGCUACCCGGCUUGCAAAAUCAUGGAGCGCCCAGAAAACAUGCCAGGAACUGGGUGCUUGCGUGGCUGAGUGGGGGCUGUUUCCAGGAGACACAGCAUGUGCCCAGGGUCCUACUUACUGGUGCUCCAGCUUGAGUGCUGCUGAGCAAUGCAAGGCUGUGCAGCAUUGCCAGACUCAUGUGUGGCUGUAG